AUGGAGAACAAUUCAUUUCUUUCAGCCAUGCAUAGCCCACCGGUGCUGAAUACGCUAAUUGCUUGGUCAUCAUCGCAUCUGUCAUUGCGUGACAAGUCAUUCGAAAAUGUGGCUAUGCAAAAUCGGGGUACAGCUCUUCGAGAUCUGCGAAAUGCUCUCGGGUCCAAUGCAGCCAAUGUGGAGACAACUUUGGCCAUGUCGUUGAUCCUUUGCUCCCUAGAGAGCAUUAUGGGAGACAACGGUGACGCAUGGUACUUACAUCUUAUCGGAGCUUCAAAGGUACUCUUAUCCAAUACAGACCGCACAUCUAUAUACGGCGACGACUACUCAACGAAGGUUCUAGAGCCAUUCAAUGAUGUCUAUGCAGCACGCUGGCUUUUGCGCAACUUUGCAUAUCGUGACAUCGUGGCAGCUGUUGCGAGGGACCAAGCGCCUGUUAUGAGCUCGCAUCAUUUUUUAAUACUCGAUGAUCCUCUACAACCUGAUUCAUAUUUCGGUCUUGCUUCCGAGAUAUUAGAGGUAGUCUCACAUACGGCCGUGUUGAAUCACAGGUUGAAAACGGAUAUAAACUCAAUUCCCAACAAAGAAUCCAGCUCCGGCGCCGUUGUUCAAACUAUUGAUGGCCAAGAUUCACUUUCGUCACUAGAGAUCUUAGAGGCUUUAAUGACUUUGGAGACACGAUUGGAGCAGUGGACUUGUCCUCCGUCCGAAGAUAUGCCGCUGAAAUUGUUAGCCGAGUCAUACCGCUCCUCUGCUUUGAUUUACAUAUAUCGCGUGAUGCGAACUGUAUGCGAAGAGCGCGAAAUCGAGUUUUCAUCGAAAGUUGCUACCCAGGUUGCCGCAACAGUGGAUAUUAUUGAGCGGAUGCCUAAUAGGAGUUUUGCAGAAUGUACACUGCUCUUCCCCAUAUUCCUCGCGGGUGGAGAAGCUACAGAAGAAUCACAUAUCAAGAGUAUUCGGACUAGAAUGCUUGAUAUGAUCGAUUCACGUGGCUUUAGGAACGUUGAAGUGGCGUUAUCGGUGCUAGAGAAGUUGUGGCGGCUUAGGAUAGCAAGGAAAUCGACAGGGUCAACGAAGGUUGAUUGGUUAGAUAUCACUCGGCGAGAUAAUAUCUCUCUUUCUCUGUCGUGA